AGCCUGUUGGUGUAUUUUCUUUGCUCUUAAUGCAAGACAAUGUCGGUGAGGGAGAAUGCUGGAGAGACGAUGGCGAGAGCGAAGGAUGAGUUCAUGAAGCAAUUCGGAAAGGACUACGGGUAUCCCGACGCGCCAAAGGAUAUCGACGAGAUCAGAGCUUCGGAGUUCAAACGAUUGCAAGGGCUUGUUUAUUUAGAUCAUGCUGGGGCUACGCUGUACUCGGAAGCACAGAUAGAAGCCGUCGCCAAAGACCUCACCUCCAGCGUCUACGGAAACCCUCAUAGCCAGAGCGAUUCCAGUUUGGCAACUUGUGACAUCAUUUCUGCAGCACGACAGCAGGUUCUUGAUUAUCUUAAUGCAUCACCAAAGAACUACAGAUGCAUGUUUACUUCUGGGGCUACAGCAGCUCUUAAAUUGAUCGGGGAAUGUUUUCCUUGGUCUAGCGAAAGCUGUUACAUGUACACAAUGGAAAAUCAUAACAGCGUCCUUGGAAUUAGAGAAUAUGCUUUUGAUCGUGGAGCAGCUGCCGUUGCUGUUGAUGUUAAAGAAGGCACUUGCCUACAAAAUAGAUCUCAUGAGUCUUCCUUUGAGUUCUUAGAACACACGGUACAGAGAAGAGCACAUUUAUUCCAGCAAAAUGCCCUGAAUGGCAAAACUUCAGGAAACACAUACAAUUUGUUUGCAUUCCCUUCAGAAUGCAAUUUCUCUGGUCAGAAAUUUUCUCUCGAUUUGGUCAACUAUGUCAAGGAAGGUGGUGGAAAACCUUUGACAGGAUCACCACGCAGGCGUGGUUGUUGGAUGGUAUUGAUAGAUGGUGCCAAAGGCUGUGCAACUGAACCACCAGAUCUGACAAGAUAUCCUGCUGAUUUCGUUGUCUUCUCUUUCUAUAAGAUUUUUGGAUAUCCAACUGGUCUUGGAGCACUUGUUAUUCGAUCUGAAGCAGCAAAGGUUCUUACAAAAACAUACUUUAGUGGAGGCACUGUGUCUGCUUCAAUUGCUGAUGUUGAUUUCAUAAAAAGAAGGGAUAACAUUGAACAAGUUCUUGAAGAUGGGACCAUAUCUUUUUUGGCCAUAGCUUCCAUCCGUCAUGGGUUCAAGAUAAUCAAUACAUUGACUCAUUCUGCUAUCUCCCGGCAUACAGCAUCUCUUGCCACUUACACAAGAACAAAGAUGAUGGACUUAAAACAUGAAAAUGGAGCGGAAGUUUGCAAGAUCUAUGGCAGAAAUACCUCUCAGGCACCAUAUCAAGACAUGGGUCCUACUAUUGCAUUCAAUUUGAAAAGAGCAGAUGGCUCCUGGGUCGGGUAUCGUGAGGUUGAAAAGUUGGCUUCUCUGUCAGGGAUUCAGUUGCGGACUGGCUGCUUCUGUAAUCCAGGUGCAUGUGCCAAAUAUCUUUACUUGUCUCAUUCCGAUCUUAUUGCAAACUUUGAGGUUGGGCAUGUUUGCUGGGAUGACAAUGAUAUCUUGCAUGGAAAACCAACUGGUGCUGUCAGGAUAUCCUUCGGUUACACAUCGGCAUUUGAAGAUGCAGAGAAAUUUCUAGGAUUUUUAGUUAAUUCUUUUGUGGAGAAGUUGAAUGCAUCUGGAGAUGGAUAUCCAUUAAGAAUGAAGACUGAUCCUAUUUCAGGUAUUGGGUCACUGCAGCUUGUACGUUCUGUUCAGCUGAAAUCCAUCACAGUCUACCCUGUAAAAUCUUGUGCAGGAUUUGCUGUGUACAAGUGGCCUUUAAGCAACAUCGGUCUAAAAUAUGAUCGAGAAUGGCUUCUCAAAGGACCAACUGGUGAAAUUCUUACCCAGAAAAAGGUUCCCGAGAUGUGCAAUAUUCGUUCAUUUAUCGAUUUAGAGUGUGGGAUACUGAAUUUAGAAUCACCACGUUGCAAAGAAAGAUUGCACGUUCCAAUUCAGGAGAAUUCAUCGUUUGAUUAUAUGGAAGAAUUGGAUAUUUAUGGCCAAAGAUACAAGGUGCAGUGUUAUAAUGAUGAAGUCAAUAUGUGGUUCUCUGAAGCCAUUGCUCGCCGUUGUACCCUCGUGAGAUGUUCAAGUUCUGAGUAUCGAUCUUGUAAUAUUAUGGGAGGCAGAGGGAAUAUGUGCAGAGAUACAUGGGGAAAAUUGAACUUUGUAAAUGAAGCACAGCUAUUACUAGUAUCUGAAGAGAGUGUCGGUGAUCUCAAUAGCCGGUUGAACUCAUGUGGGUUCAUGUCUUUAUCUGCAGAAUUUAAAUUGGUCCAGAGAAGUAACCUUGAAGCUAUAUUGUUUUCUGUGUUCACAUUAGAUUUUCUGAAAGACAACUCUGGAUGUGUACAACGGGUGCUUGUUGAUGCGAUGAGAUUUCGUCCCAAUCUUGUUAUUUCAGGAGCAGAACCAUUUGCUGAAGAUGACUGGAAAAGCCUUCAUAUUGGUAAAGCUCGUUUUACUUCUUUAGGUGGAUGCAGUCGCUGUCAGAUGAUUAAUCUCGACCAACAGUCUGGACAACCGCACAAGGCUAAAGAACCUUUGGCAACUCUAGCUUCGUAUAGGCGAGUGCAGGGAAAGAUUCUUUUUGGCAUCCUCUUAAGACAUGAAAUCAAAGACGCAGAAGAUGGGGAGCAAAACAAUUUUGGAGAAAGAUGGCUUCAAGUGGGGCAGGAGGUGCACCCAUCAAUACGGUAGACAAGGGUAGAAAAAAAACACUAAAGAAAACAAAGAGUUUAGUGAAUAGAUGGUUGGCCAGGGCAAGAAGCAACUUUGAAGAUGUAUGUGGUGAUACCUCCGCAAGAAAUUGGGUUGUAAAAGUAGUCAUGAGAGGUCAAUGUUGGGCCACCUGUUCAGUAAACAGAAUAAUCCACGAGGGCUUCCGCGAUCAUUUGAGCCCAUGACACAAUUAUAAGUCUUAUGAGAAAUAUGCAUAACAUUAUAUAACUUGAAGUACAGAAAAUAUACAGCUUGGUAUGUCAUGUGUUUUAUAUAUUAUAUUUUAGUACAGAAGCAUCAAUCUACA